CUCUUUGGGCGCCCCGAGCAAACUUCAGCCGUGGAAUUUAAAUCACCGAAGCUCAUUGACCAAUAAAGUGAUAUGCGUCCCUGUAUAAUAACGUUACCCAAACCUCGUGACUUGAGGAAAAAGGUUAUUCUGGCAAAGGUAGAAGUAGAACUCACCUGUUGCGGGUACUGGCCAGGUGAGUGGAAAAUUUCUUUGCAACGUAUCUCCAGACUUUGAAUGAUUAGGCCAUAAUGACAGCUGAAGACUCUACAGCAAGGAUGGAUAAUGAUUCCUCCAGCAUGCAGACAAAUAAAAUACCCGAAGGGCUCUCGGGCGUGCCAAACGAGGCCGCACUAUUGCAGUUAUUAGACCGCACCGGGUACACCAUGAUUCAGGAGAACGGGCAACGGAAGUAUGGAGGUCCACCUCCUGGCUGGGAAGGCUUACACCCUCCUCGGGGCUGCGAGGUCUUUGUGGGCAAAAUUCCUCGGGACGUCUACGAGGACGAGCUGGUCCCCGUGUUUGAGACCGCGGGACGGAUCUACGAAAUGCGGCUGAUGAUGGACUUUGACGGUAAGAACCGUGGCUACGCCUUCGUGAUGUACACCCAGAAAUACGAAGCCAAGCGUGCGGUCAAAGAACUCAACAACUACGAGAUCCGUCCGGGAAGACUGUUAGGGGUGUGUUGCAGUGUGGACAACUGCCGGCUCUUCAUCGGCGGGAUCCCCAAGACGAAGAAGCGCGAGGAGAUUUUGGAAGAGAUCUCCAAGGUGACGGAAGGCGUGUUGGACGUCAUCGUCUACGCCAGCGCGGCCGAUAAGAUGAAGAACCGAGGCUUUGCUUUCGUGGAGUAUGAAAGCCACCGAGCGGCCGCCAUGGCGAGAAGGAAGCUCAUGCCUGGCCGAAUCCAGCUGUGGGGACACCAAAUCGCUGUCGAUUGGGCCGAGCCGGAGAUCGAUGUAGAUGAAGACGUCAUGGAGACGGUAAAAAUCUUGUACGUGAGGAAUUUGAUGAUUGAGACCACGGAGGAGGCUAUUAAAAAGGUCUUUGGUCAGUUUAACCCCGGCAGCAUAGAACGGGUGAAGAAAAUCCGAGAUUACGCUUUCGUGCACUUCACCAGCCGGGAAGACGCGGUUCAUGCCAUGAAUAACCUCAAUGGCACCGAACUGGAAGGAUCAUGUCUGGAGGUCACCUUGGCCAAGCCGGUGGAUAAAGAGCAGUAUACCCGAUACCAGAAAGCUGCCAAAGGAGGAGGAGGAGGAGGAGCAACGGCAGCCGAAGUGACUCAACAACCUAACUAUGUUUACUCUUGCGAUCCGUACACGCUCGCCUAUUACGGGUAUCCGUACAAUGCCCUGAUUGGUCCAAAUCGAGAAUAUUUUGUGAAAGCAGGCAGCGUUAGAGGCAGAGGACGGGGUGCGGCAGGUAACCGAGUGCCUGGCCCAAGAGGAUCCUACCUGGGGGGUUAUUCUGCAGGCCGCGGCAUCUAUAGCAGAUACCACGAAGGGAAAGGAAAACAGCAAGAAAAAGGCUACGAGAUGGUCCCCAAUCUGGAAUUGCCGGCCGUCAAUCCCGUAGCAAUUAAACCUGGAACAGUGGCAAUUCCAACCCUUGGAACCCAAUAUUCCAUGUUCCAAGCCACACCGGCCACCAAGGUGAUUGACGAUGGGAAGAUCCAUGCAAUGGAACAUAUCAUCAGUCCUAUCAGCGUCCAGCAGGACCCAGCAAGCGCGGCGGCGGCCGCCGCAGUGGCGGCAGGCGCCGUCCUACCUGCAGUUUCCACCCCGCCUCCUUUCCAGGGCCGUCCGAUAACUCCGGUGUACGCCAUGGCGCCUAGUAUGCAGAGAAUUCCAGCCGCGGGAAUCUACGGCGCGAGCUACGUUCCAUUCGCGGCUCCUGCGACUGCCACCACAAUUGCCACACUACAGAAGAACGCCGCUGCUGCCGCUGCCGCAGCCGCUUAUGGGGGAUACGCGGGGUACAUCCCCCAAGCAUUUCCAGCUGCCGCUUUUCAAAUCCCCAUCCAUGAUGUCUAUCAAACCUACUGAGACUUGCUGCCCGGAAGGGUGGGGUGGGCACAGCAGGUGGAAGGAGCUGAAGGAACAUUUUACUAUUUAUGAAGAAAACCUGAAACCUACUGUAGAAUUCUAUGCUUGGAUGUCAGUAAACUGAGGAAAAAAACCUGGAAGUGAAGUUUUUCACCGACACAGCAUCAUGCUUGAAAUCUUUUUAUACGGAUGAAGUUUUUACUAACUUUGUAGGCCUUUUGUGCUUUGUUUUGUUUUUAAGAAAGGAAGAGAAAAAAAACCCCGUAAUGCUGUGCUUCCCUACAGGUUUAUAUUCCGUUGUAGAUUUUUUCUUUCUUUCUUUCUUUCUUUCCUUCUUCUUCUUCUCUUUUUUUUUUUUAGCCGUUUUAUUUUCGCUGCGUUUGUGUUAUGAAGGUUAUUUUUUAGUUAAGUCUUGCACUCCAGAAUGGCCUAUUUUGUAAGGCCUUGAAUAAUAUAUCAAGUAAAUAUUAAAAAAACAAACAAAAAAAAAACCAGGUAGGGGGAAAAUUUUUAAAACGAUAUAUUUUGAAGACUAUAUUCGAUAUUUAAACCGUAAUGCAAAAUAUUUUUUUUUAAAGAGAUAUAUAGCUAGAUAGAUAGAUAGAUAGAUAGAUAUACUUACAAAUGUGUGUUUUAUUUAAGAAGUGAAACUGGAAAGUGCAAUUUGAAAAUGAUUGAGACCUCUGCAUUAUCAGAUUUCUGUGUAAUCUAGAGCCACAAGUGUCCUUGUAGAGACCUCGCAUUAAAUACCAGAUCCUGCUAAAACGA